AUGGAUAGUGCCCAGGGAAUGAGCACAGGGAACAAUAAAGGAUCUUUGGGGGAAAUCCACUUUUCCAUGCUUUUCCCAAAACAGCUGCUUAAGCUGCAGUUCAACCUGACCCUAUAUGAUUAUUAUAAGAAUAUCUUCCAGAGGAAGCUUCUGGAGACCCCUGAGUCCCACACAGAGCCACUCAAACAGUAUAUUCCCUACCACUUCAAAGGAUCCAACUUCUCCCAGUCAUUUGAAACCCCCACACACACUAGCUUUCUUUUCGGGACCCAGAGGAUCUCCUGGUCCUUCACCAAGCAUGCAUCUGCACAGAGCUGUCUAAACAAUAGCUUCUGCUCCUCGUACAGGUUCCUACUUAUCCUCUGCCUCGUAUAG